UACACUCUGUAUUUCGUUUAGAACUUUAGCAAAAUUUCAUUGGACAAAUACAAGUACAGGAGCAUUGCUAACGUUUGUCUAGCUGUCUCGAGUGUGAAUACAUUGUAAGUUUAGCCUGACCACCACACCCGGAACACAUUCCAGUAAGUGUUACGUUAAAAGUGCGCACAGGUUUAGUUACACCGUCAUCUAGUAACGAUGCGGGAAUCGCGAACAAGACUCCUCUGUGUAACUGGAUUAGUUCUGCUAGCUUUAUACAUAGGAAGGAACCAUGUUCAAAAUAAGAAAGAAAUACCACAUCAAGCAUAUCUGAUGUAUGGUCAAGCAAAUCCAGAUGAAAAGGUUCGAGAAACAAGUCUUACAAAUGUCAGAGCAAACAACAGCAAUACAUCUGAAUUGAGGGAUAUCUACAAAGUGAGACGAGACCGGGUCACGACAGUAUGUACAGAACCUAGAUACAAGUAUAGAGGUCAGAAGGCACAAGGAAAUGGCAGGAAAAAUAUCCUCAUUGAUCGACCACAGCGACUAGCCUACUGUCCCAUACAGAAGUCGGCGUCCACUUUUUGGAAACGUGUGUAUAGGAUUGUGGUAGGACAAUCCAAGGCCACUUCACCUUUCGACCCCUCUGUACCGGCCCUGAAGAAAUUCGAUUCCAUUGCGUUAAUGAGUGACAAUCAAGCAGAUGACUUCGUGGACAAAUCCUUAUCUUUUAUGUUUGUUAGAGAGCCAUAUGGACGCUUAUUCUCGGGUUAUGUUGACAAGUUGUUUUCACCAAAUGUAAUGUUCUGGAGAAAUAUCGGUGCUUUCGGAAUAUCAAUUUUCAGGAAGAAUCCCAGCAGUGUUGAUUUGAGAUGUGGGCAUGACCUGACGUUCAGCGAGUUUGUUAAGACUGUUCUCUAUUCUGAUAAACACAACAUAAAACGGAACGGCCAUUUUACACCUCAGUAUGAACAUUGUGAUCCAUGUCACUACAACUAUGAUGUGAUAGGUACACUCGAAACCCUUUCAGAAGACACGUUUUAUCUUUUAGAUCGAAUGGGGAAAACCAACCUCAAGAAAUCGCUCGAGAUAGAUUUUCGAGGCCAGAGUUUAAAUGACACUAUUCGUGAUCAAGUGAACAUGCUAUUUGCAUUCCAUAAAGGGUACCGCGAUUGUAAAGUAUCAUUCUUUGAAGCGCAACAACGAAUGUGGAAAAAGUUUCAAAUUCGAGGUGUUAUCAGUAAAAAUUCCAAAUACCCGAUAAGGCAAGAUCAAAGUGAAAGAUUGACCAAAGAAACCCUCACGGCAUUGAUAUAUCAAGGAAUGGGAGAUGCAGUUGACAAAAACGUAGCUAAAAAGAACAAACACGACGCUUUGAUAGAGGCCUUUUCCACGGUAGAUAAGAAGGACAUGGACAGUUUAAGUAAGCUGUUUGGACCCGAUUGUGAGCUGUUUGGCUAUGACUGUCGACCUUCCAAACUAUUUGAUAUAAACACUCCUAUCACACCGUGGUUUUUUGAUAUCAACAUCGCAUAGUCCCGUAGAUCAUAGGUUUUCUUAAGUUUGGUUGGUAUUAUAACAUUACUUAAUUACACGUUGAAAAUGGACCUCUGUCGAAAAGUGAACCAUAUGAAAAAUUAAUAUAGUGAUUUAAAAUAUCCACUUAGAUUAUGCUUAAUAAAGUCCUGCCUCUUAUUUCCAGAAAACAGCCCAGUAUGGAUGUCUGACCUAAUUAGGUCAAUGUGAGCUACUUUUGGAAAUUUGACUGACGUUAUAAAAAGCUGUCAUCGGGUGAAGAAAUAAACAUUAAACUGUGGUUGGACCUAAUUGGGUCACUGUGACCUAGUUUUGAGGAUAUGACCUACAUUAGCAAAAAUGGUCGGAGGGGUCAAAAAUAAACAUUUAACAGAUGUUAGACAACAUUUUCAAAAUUUGACCUACAUUAUCAAAAAGGGUCAUAGGUAAUAUUUAACAGUUGUUUGACAACAUUAGGUAACCGUGUGCUUAUUUUGAAAGUUUGACCUCCAUUAUCCAAAAUAGUCAUCGGAAAAAAGAGAUUGUAAAAAACCCGUUUUUUGACCAAAUAAUUUGAUCUAUAUUUAAAGACGUUGUCACAGGGUUAAGAACUUUACACAUAUUUUUCCCAGCCAAGUACAUAAGAACUACUUUUUUCUGGUUUAACCUCAACUUUAUAAAUUGUUUCAGGAUUCAGAAAUUAUACUAAAACCUACUUUUCAAAAUUAGACGUACAUUAUUAGAAAUGUCAUUUGGUUCAGAAAUUAGCAAAAAUGAAAAAAAGAUGUUAACCAAAUCACGUCCCUGUGACAUAAUUUUCAAAAAUCAAACUACAUAAUACAACAUGCAUGUAUUUUUUUAAAUUGUCAACGGAUUACAAAACAAACAUUCAACUGUUUUGACAUAAGAAUGUCAUUGUGACCUACUUUUCAUACUUUCUUUUCAAUUUAAUACUGGUUAAAAUUACCUUAGUCCAUGUUGAGCAUGAAAGACAACCCCAAAUUAUUUCGACAAUUUUCUACAUUGAAUGACUUAACAUCGCCGCGGGUCUUUAUUCCACGUUGACCAAAUUGACCUAAAAAAUCAUGAAACCUUUUAACAUUCAAUAGUCAAAAAGUGACCCGGGUCCAUAUUCAACGUUGAAAAUGGACCUCUGAAAAUUGUUACAGUAUUCCAUAUUCAAUAGUCAAAAUGUGACAUAGGUACAUAUUCAAUAGUCAAAAUGUGACAUAGGUACAUAUUCAAUAGUCAAAAUGUGACAUAGGUACAUAUUCAACGUCGACACUGGACACCAGUAAAACAUGACACAAGUCCAAUGUCAAAA